GCUCAUUUCAAGUGAAGCAAAAAAAAAAAAAGUCCAAUUUGCAGAGGGAAAAUGAUGCUGAUAAAUCUCUCUUCAGAAGACUUGAGGUUUUAUUUUCUAUCAUACAGUAGCUGACUGUUCAAGUAGUCCGCGUCUGUCCCAACCCAGUGCUGUGAAUUAGGACCAAGUUAUAGUUGAAUGUGUGCACUUCAGCACUUCUACUCAGCUGUGUCAUUUGGUACUUUGACCUUAAGUGGGAGCUGAUAAAUCAGCAGUUUAUGUAAUUGUGUUCGUAUUUCAACACGAAAUGGUCGUAAACGCGUCUAAAGACACAUAAGGUGUUUUUGUUUCUUCAGCUUUACCUGAUCCUUUAAUGCGCUGACUGAAAAGAUUAGCUGCAGUUAGUUCCACUCCUUUACUCCCUCUUCCAAAUGUCCUGACUUAGUGCUUAAAAUAACAAAUUGUUCCACAGAUGAUCGAAGAUAGUAAAUCCACCACAGACACACACGCACACACGCUGCAAAGGUUACAUAUUUAUUUCUCCUGGAAGUCUGCAGUCACUCCUUUCGUGUCCGGAGAGAACAAUCAGCACCGAGACAGAGCGGCCAUGGUAUCCCGAGUGUCGUUCACCCAGCUGCGGUUCGAAGCGGAGCUGGAUCGGUACCGGGCCGAAUGCCUGUGGGACAGAAUCCCACCUGUCAUCGAACAAAUGCAGGCUGCACAUAUGCACGAAGAUGAUGAUUAUGGGGCACUGCUGUUGGCCGAGGUUUUUCUAGAAGAGUGCCUGCAAGAAAAUAUGGACCUAUUACGCCGAUCCAAACCUUUAAUGGACAAGUCGCAACCCAAAAUCUGCCGUGCCAAAAGCUACCUCAACACCAUUCUAAGCCGAGGCCGUCUCACGCCCAAGUACUUGAAUGAAGCUCUGCUGCUGAUGGCCAAAGUGCACUAUGUGCAGGGUCGCCACCGCGAUGCUCAGGGAAUGUGUGCAAGGGUGGGAUUGGAGGAGCUUACACGUGACGAACAGCCCACCUACCACCUGCGCCUGCUGGCUGAGGCCUUCAUCAUUAAAGGUUUGUCUCUGGACCAUCAGGCACUUUCUUCAGUGUCUCGUAUUCGUCUGAUAGAGAGGGAGGAAGAGAGUCUUUCCUGUUACCUCAAAGCUUGUGAUGCUGCUCUGUCAUAUCUGCAGGAGCUUGAUAAGACUGUAACAACGCCCCACAGUAAGACAGCCAAACUGAGUCUGCUUGCUCCACCUGUGGACAUGGACCUGGGUUUUUUUCUUCAGGCGGCUCUACAGAGCGCUUACCUGUGUUUACUGCAAAGAGGUCAUUUGGCGCAGGGUGCUCACCAGCUGCGCCGUGUGAUGAGGGUGGUAGAGUCAAGAGCGUCUCAGGGUUUCAGGAAGGCUGCAGGAAGAAAACUAGCAGAAGUCCUGCUGAGCUCAGUGAGUGAGGACAGCUACUGGCCUCCUCUGGGCCCUCCUCCCACCGCCUGGCUCCGUAGAGAGGGAGCUGCCACCUCAAAAGAAGCACUUUACCCUACCUUCAAACCACCACAACGUUACAGCACUGACAGUUGCUUCUGUCCCCAGGACGUGGUAGAAGAAGCUGUCUUACUGCUUCUAAUUACCGAGUCCAUGGCCAGUGGUGAUGCAGUCAUCAGCCGGCAGCCAGACCAGGCCGAGGCGCGCCAGGCCACCAUGCAGGAUUCGGUCUCUGUCUACGACUUGCUCACUAUCGGCAUGGCCAGGAGAGGGCAGUACACAAUAUUGUCUGAGUGUCUUGAGCGAGCGAUGAAGUUUUCAUUCAAUGAGUUCCACCUCUGGCACCAGUUGGGCUUGUCACUCAUGGCGUCUGGGAAGGCAGUUGGUGCUGUGUCUGUUUUUAAGGAAUGUGCAAGGAUGAGACCAGAGGACCCAUCAUUGCCUCUGUUGGCUGCAAAAGUUUGCAUUGGUCAGCUGCACUGGUUUUCAGAAGCAGAGUUCCUGUCCCAGAGUGUUGUGUCCAUGGGAGACUUAGCUGGAGAAUUUCUUCCCCGGGCCUACCUAUGUUUGGGUCUCACCUACAGUCUGCAGGCUUCUGAUGCCUCUCUGAAGGAAGAUCGGGAUGAAUACAACAAAAAAGCACUACGAUAUCUGAGAAAGGCUCAUUCAUUUGACCCACAGGAUGCUCACAUUACCAUGUGCCUGGCUCUUCAGUUGGCACUUGUGCGCCAGGUAUCAGCAGCCAUGGAGUCCUUGCAGGAGGCUUUAUCUCUCCAAGGGGAUGACUUACACUCCCUCCACUUGCUGACUCUUCUCCUCAGUGCUCAGAAACACCACCGCCAUGCCCUGGACACCUUGGGACUGGCCCUCAGCCAACACCCUGACAACUUCAAUUUGCUGUUCACAAAAGUUAAGCUUGAAGAGGUCCUCUAUGGCCCAGCUGUGGCCUUACAAACCUGUGAAGAAAUGUUGCAAUGCUGGCAAAGCCGCUAUGAUGUCAGUCCCUCAAAUGAGACAGAUGACACCAGCAGUGUUCCAGUGAUUGAGAGGCGCGGGGCUAGCCCUGGAUUCAGUAAAACAUCCAUCCACCUCACUCUGCCCGACUUCCAAGACACUUCCACUGGGUCCAUGAAUCCAACAGUUGCAGCAUCUCGCCUGGAUGCGGCCCUCUCAGAAGUGUCAGACAUUAGCUUAAUGCAUCGCCAAGGACCUACGUACAUCUGGACUACCCUGGAACGUAUCUGGCUGCUAGCUGGGGAGCUGUUCAUGGAGGAUGGCCGACUGAAGGAAGCCCAGUUUUGCAUAGCAGAGGCCAGCUCACUCUACCCCAACUCACACUCUGUGCUGCUCCAGCGGGGCCGCCUAGGUGAACUCCGAGGUCAAAUGGAUGAAGCUAAAAGUUUCUACGAUGAAGCUCUGGCCAUCCAUCCUACUGGGGAGCACAUACUGGUGUACAUGGGUCGGCUGCUGGUGAAAAUCGGGCGUGUGCACCUUGGCGAGAAGGUCCUGCGUGAUGCAGUUCAGAUCCACAGCACGUCACACGAAGCGUGGAGUGGACUUGGAGAGGCGCUACAGUCUCGCGGCUCCAGUCAGGCUCCUGACUGCUUCCUGACCGCUUUGGAGCUGGAAGCUUCCUGCCCCAUUCGCCCUUUCACCAUCAUCCCUAGAGAGCUCUGAGAGACCUGAGGUGCAACUUUCUCUCAACUAACUUGAUUUUGGGCACACUUCCUGUUAGCACACAGUUUUCUCAUUUGAUGACUUGUAUAAAGUUUCAUUUUGUUUGAUUAUUUUAAGGAGCAUUUGACGUGAUACCAAAACAUUGACGCUUUAUUUUUUACAAGGCGAUAAAUCCAAAAACUAAGCUAAAUCUCGGUCUUUGUUAAGUUACAAGAGGUGGAUAACCUUUAUUUAGCAUGUUCACAUGUUCAAGAGGACAGAAGACCAUCUCUUUAAGGACAUUUUAGUUUUUUUUAUAGCAAAAAGUCUUAAAGGGAGACCCCCAGAAACGCCAUAAAACCGACUGGGAAGUGAGCAAGAUUUUAUUGGACUUUUAGCAGAAGGUGCAGUGUACUUAUUAUAAUAUAAUUGUGCAGCAAAAUGAGGAAAACAUGUAUCCCCUGAAGAUGCCAGGAGAAUAUUUUAUUAGAAGUAGGAAUGCUAAUUGAAGGUUCAUUUAUCAUUAGUAUUGUUUAAAUGUAAUUGGUUCAAUAAAACUGGCACUUUAAUGAUUUAUUGUUUACCAUAAACAACAUAUUACAGUUACAUGUGGAACUUACUGUUCCUUACUUCAUUUGUGCAUACAUAUUAUAGAUAUACUGUAUAUUCAUAGUAAUGACACCCCAGCUUUAUUUCUAUUUAGUUUUUGGACUGAUGUAUUUUCAACAUAUUUAUCAGGGUGAUUGGGUCCAAAGAAUGAAGCCGUUUUUCCAUGUUGUUUCCCAUCAGUGAUGGCAAACAAAUUUGUAGAUUUAAAAAAAUUAUAAAGCUUAAAUUUAGAGUAGUCAGUGUACCGCUUUGAAAGCAAAAUGGAUUAGAUUUAUUUCCCUUUAAAAGUAACAUUAUUUUUUAAAUAUCUGGUAAGAUCUCCAAGUGAACGUGUCUAAGGUGUGAAUAUUUCGUGUGAGCAACAUUUUUACCCACACUCUUGGCCAUGGGAAGGCGGCCCUCUAUGAAAACAAGUUUGACACCCCUGGUCAAAGUACACAAUCUGCAUUAAAUUCAAUUUAAGUUGGAUUUAAAAAGCGUACAUUUGGUCAGGGGAGGCCCCUGUUUAUGAUGGAUUUAAAUGAAUAUAUUUAAUUGUAUAAUUUUAGGAAGCUGGGAAAGUCAACAAAUGUUAUUUCUCCAGUGUUUUUAAAAAAAAAAAAAAUUAAAUUCAUUAGAUAGACAAUUAUAACAAUGUGCAGGACACAAUAAAAAGAUAUGUUACAGUUAAUUUGUAUUGUGCAUUAAUAUAUCUUCUGUAUAUAUAGCAUGUUUGGGUUUUUGUUGGUCUUUUUUGGUCUCACCUGAUCUCAGUCCUGCCCAUUUUGAAUAAUAACAGCUUUUAAAAUCACUGCCGGAUGCUGCAUCUUCACCUGCCUGGUCACUUGUGACUAAUGGGCAUCACUUCCCUUCCCGGUGUCUCAGCACAUUCAUGCGUGCACUGGGACUUGCCUACUGGCUUAUGUAACACUGCCAUCACACUUUCCUGCCUCUGAACGCCCCCCACAUCUCUCCCUCUCUCUCCCUCUCGCUCCCUCCCUCCCCAGGCUUGCCUGAUGUGAUGUGGCUUGGUUGCCUAGCAGCCAGCCCUUGUUUGAGUAACUGGGGAGAUAUUUGGUCUUCUUACCAGCACACUCACAUGUGCACAGCAUGUGCAUGGGAGUGCAUGGAAUCUAAUUUCUACAACCAUAUUUUCCCUGUACUCAUCUUUGAUUUGAAUAUUAUCCAUCUGUGCCAUCCACCCAUUGUGUGCUAUCCUCAUUAACCAAUCACAGUCACACUUUUGGACAAUAUAGUCCCCAAUUAGCUGUUUUUGGAAUGUGUGAAAAAGCAACACAACACAAACUCCAUAGAAAGAGGAUUCGAACCCUUAACCUCCUGACAUGCUAGCCACUCAAGGCCUCAGGUGUAAAAGCCCUCAUCUAACAAGAUUGGCACAGUCAUUAUCAAUCACCGUCAUGUCUUUAGAUGCCGUCCGGAAAAAAAAAAAAAUCUAUUUUUAGCCUUUCCUUCAUUGCUCGCCAGCUCUCCCUUGUUCCCGCCUUCCUCUCAUUAGCACGGCGUGACACCCACAUGGCGCUUUGGGAAAUGAACGCUCUAAUCCUUGUGGGGAAACAGUACAUGAUGUGUGUGCAUGUGCACGGUCAUGGAUAUGCAGACACACACAGUGACACAUAUUGUGUACAGGACACACACACACACACACACACACUGGGGUC